GUCAAUGGUGCGUUAGUUCUCUCCAAGACACAACUAAGCCUCGACUGGACGCUGGCCUUCACACUCGCCACCAAAGUACUGAAACUAAACCCAACCUAAAUCAACACAAAAACAACCAAAAAUAUAUAUAUCCUUUAUAUAAAGUUACAAAUUUAUUUAUUUAAUUAAUUUAAUAUUAAAAAAACAAAAUGGAUUCCGAUGAUAACUGUUACGAUUUACCGGAUUGUGAAUUUGAAACCGGCCUCAGUGACGAUGAAGUUGAAAUGGAAAAUUUAGCAACAUGUGAUUCAAAUAUUGAUGAUUAUUCAUACCAAGUGUUAAAAACCGAAGAAAUUGUUGGUCAUAUGUUAAAAAAAAUAAAAUCAAUUAGCGGGAUAAUUGAAAUUCCAUCAACGAUAACGCGGAUUCUACUCCAUCAUUUUAAUUGGGACGAAGAGAAAUUAUUAGAUAAAUUUUAUACUCAAAAUCGCAGUGAAUUGUUUAAGGAGGCUCACAUUAUUGAUCCCUCAUCAUCAUCAUCAGCAGCAGCAGUAUCAACAUCAGCAGUAAGUAAAAAAAAUAAUUCAAUUAUUGAAUCUGAAGAUUGCGAAAUUUGUCUGGUUCCGUUAUCUUGUAAUUUGAUGACUGGGAUGGAAUGCGGGCAUCGUUUCUGUACUGAUUGUUGGGACUCUUAUUUAUCAACUAAAAUAAUCGAACAAGGGGAAUGUCAAUCAAUAACUUGCCCAGCUCACAAAUGCGAUAUUAUCGUUGAUGACGAAACCGCAAUGAAUUACAUAAAAGAUUUUAAUGUAAAAACAAAAUAUCAACAUUUGAUAACAAAUAGUUACGUUGAGUCUGACAGAUUAUUAAAAUGGUGCGAGACACCUGAUUGUAAUCAUGCCAUUAAAGUUUCUUAUGUUGAUUUCAAACCGGUGACAUGUCACUGCGGCCGGACAUUUUGUUUUAAAUGCAACAAAAAAUGGCACGAUCCGAUUUUAUGCGAUUUGUUACGUAAGUGGAUGAAAAAAGUCGAUGAAGAUGCGGCGACAUCUGCGUGGAUUGGAAUUAAUACAAAAGAUUGUCCACAAUGUCUGACGAUAAUUGAAAAAAAUGGCGGGUGCAAUCAUAUGACUUGUAGAAAGUGUAGAUAUGAAUUUUGCUGGAUUUGUAUGAUGAAUUGGAAAGAACAUAAUACAAAUUAUAAAUGUAAUAGAUUUGAAGCUGAUGCUGAACGUGCUGUGGAAAAGACAAGAUCUUCGUUACGCAGAUACAUGUUUUAUUCUGAUCGUUUUAUGAAUCAUUCGAGAUCACUGGAGUUAGAGAACAAUUUGUACCUUAUUGUUGGUGACAAAAUGAUGGAGUUGCAGAAAAUGGACAUGUCUUGGAUUGCAGUACAGUUUUUGAAAAAAGCUGUUGAUAUUUUGUGCAAAUGCAGACAAACUUUGAUGUAUACGUACUCGUUUGCGUACUACAUUAAGAAGUCGAAUCAAUCUACUAUUUUCGAAGACAAUCAACAGGAUCUGGAAUCGGCUAUUGAGACUCUGUCGCAUUAUUUAGAGCAGGAUAUCGAUGAGGAAGAACCUAGUGAAAUUAAAAAGAAGGUUCAGAACAAAGCUGACUACUGCGAAAGUAGAAGGAAAGUUCUGCUGGAUCACGUUCAUGAGGGCUAUGACAAAGGCUGGUGGAAUUACACAAAUCUUGAGUAAUUUUAAUAUUAUUAUUAUUUUUUUAGAAUUAAGUGGAAUAAUGUUUCAAAUUUUGUGUUAAUCUGAAGCAUUGAUGUUUGUUUUACUGUGUAACAAUUGUUUGGAAAGUUUGGAUUUUAUUAAAGAACUGAUUUGAAUAUUUUUUAAGUUAUUUUAAAUUUACAUUACACUUUUUGCGUAAGCUGG